GAUAGUGGGGCCGGAAAUGUAUGCUAUUGUAGGAGCGUCCCCGCCGCCGCUCCGGAGGCACGGGCCGGAAGUGUGCGUGACCGAGGGGACUCCGCAGCUAAGGUAGCUCCGUGGCGGAGCUCUGCUUCCGGCGGCGGACUACAGCGACGAGGACUCUCAGCGCUGCUAAUCCACGGGCUUUUUUAAACGCUCCUUGGAGUCCGGCGACGACCUGUUCGUUAGCUGAGCUGACCAGGUGGCUGCGGCCCCUACGUUUGCGAGCGAAGGCCCCGCGGUCAUGAGCGGCAAAGAAGGACCAGGAGGGUUCAGGAAGAGGAAGCAUGACAACUUCCCACAUAACCAGAGGAGGGAAGGGAAAGAUGUCAGUUCGUCUUCGCCGGUGAUGUUGGCCUUCAAAUCAUUUCAACAGGAGUUGGAUGCGAGGCAUGACAGAUAUGAGAGACUUGUGAAACUAAGUCGGGAUAUAACUGUUGAAAGUAAAAGGACAAUUUUUCUUCUUCAUAGGAUUACAAGUGCUCCUGAUAUGGAGGAGAUACUGACUGAAUCAGAAAUUAAACUGGAUGGUGUCAGACAGAAAAUAUUACAGGUAGCCCAAGAGCUCUCUGGAGAAGAUAUGCACCAGUUCCAUCGAGCUGUCACUACAGGACUGCAGGAAUAUGUGGAGGCUGUUUCUUUUCAACACUUCAUCAAAACUCGUUCAUUAAUCAGUGUGGAAGAGAUUAACAAGCAGUUGACAUUUACAACAGAAGACAGUGGCAAAGAAAGCAAGACUCCCUCUUCUGAUGAACAAGAUAAGCAGCUUGUUACUUGGAGCCUGAAAAUCACACCUGUUGAUUACCUGCUGGGAGUGGCCGACUUAACUGGAGAAUUGAUGCGGAUGUGUAUUAACAGCGUGGGGAAUGGAGAUAUCGAUACCCCCUUUGAAGUGAGCCAGUUUUUACGACAGGUUUAUGAUGGGUUUUCAUUCAUUGGCAACACUGGGCCCUAUGAGGUUUCUAAGAAGCUGUACACUUUGAAACAAAGUCUGGCCAAAGUGGAAAACGCUUGUUACACCCUUAAAGUCCGGGGUUCAGAGAUCCCCAAACACAUGCUGGCAGAUGUGUUUUCAGUUAAAACAGAGAUGAUUGAUCAGGAAGAGAGCAUUUCUUAAGCAACUGCACUCUACUUUCUAAGGAACUCCUGGGAGACCAAUUGGUGAGACUGUUCUGAGUGUGCUUUUGACUUUAUUGUGGCUUUUGUAGAUGUUUCUAGUUGUACUAGUUUGAAGUCGUAUACAGCUGUAUAUAAGUUUGUCCACAGGAACGUUAGUUCAUGAGCAUUUGCAUACUGUGUUUCCAUAUGUGCUUUUUCCCAGUGUUUGCUUUAUUGUUAUGUGAACAUGCUUCCGGUUGCACUUUCUGCCACACCCACUUUAAUUCACUUUGAACUUGGAGUGAUAUAUUUUCAGUGGAAGGAAGCCUCUUAAGUGGGUGAUUCUGUAUAUGGAGAAAAAAAAAUGCAGUGAAACUUCAGAAGUGAGCUUCCUGUUUUAAGUUCUUGGCAGUAUCAUGGCAAGCCUUUAAAAUAGGCUUAGUACAUGUAAAAAGAAUUUAAAAAUGUAAGCUAUCAGUGUUUUUUAAGUACAAGUUUUGGUGGUAUUAAAAUGAGAAUUCAUGUAAAAAUUUUGGCCAAGUUAAGGCCAGUUUGAAUUUAUAUAAAAUAGCUUUCCAGAAAAAUUGAUAGAUAUUCAGAUGUUAACUUCUCCACUUAGUUUUUCCCUUUAUCACAGAUGUGAGGAGUUGGAGCUGACAUGGUUUUUCACUGGUGAUGCUGAGUAAUUAUAAACUUGUCCAUAGUUGUGAGCAGGUAGGCCCUUUGUCAUGGUGUUAGGUGUGGUGGGCUUUUCUAGUUAGCACCUCUUAGAAAUCAUAGAACAGCUACAAUGGUUAAAAUGUUGACAACCCAAACCUUUAAUUUUGUCCCUUGGUGUUAGCCAAUAAUGUUGCCAAAGAAAAUGAAUUACAUGUAAUUCAGCAAUAAGACAAUUGCCAACACAGAGGAGGGAGCGUUGGUAGUAACUAGCAGCCAGAGGUUUGGAGUUUGCCUACCCAGUUAGUCAGAGCUCACCACAUACUGUCAACCAGUUUGGUGAGCUUGCAGAAUUUAGAUACUGGGUUUUAUUUUUGGAAAGAGUAUCUAUUUGUAAGGGCUGUUUCUUUGAAAGUGUAAUUUUUCCAAAAAUUAUUACUGAAAGGAAAAUAAAAUGUAUACAUGCCUGGAAGUUAGACUUGUCUUGGUGAUUGAUGGUGGGACUUUGGUUUCCCUGCUCAGUUAUACUCAGUCCCAUUACCUAUUUUGUUGGUUUGUUUUUUCAGCUACUUCAAGUUGAAUUUAUAAUGUUAAAAUAAUGGCUUGAAGAAUGUUUUACAGAAAUUUAAAACAAAUUUUGAAUAAAAUAUUAAAAUAUA